CCGGCCCUGCUGAGGGCGCGCUGCGGACUACCGGAAGGGAGGGUAGACCAGUACUGUUUGUUUACUCCUGGGGUUGUCACAUCAUGGCUGAAAAUGACACAGAUAGAAACCAGAUUGAGAAACUCCUACAAAGAGUACAAGAAUUGGAGCAGGAGGUGCAAAGACUUAAGAAAGAACAGGACAACAUUAAAGAUUCAACUGUUAGAGAAGUUUCUUCAGGAUCUGGAAAAGCUAAGCGUGCAUUUGACUUCAAUGCUCAUGGCAAAAGACACGUAGCCCUAAGAAUAGCUUAUUUGGGCUGGGGAUACCAGGGCUUUGCUAGUCAGGAAAACACAAACAAUACCAUUGAAGAGAAACUAUUUGAUGCUUUAACCAAGACUCGACUAGUAGAAAGCAGACAGACAUCCAACUAUCACCGGUGUGGGCGAACAGACAAAGGAGUUAGUGCCUUUGGACAGGUGAUUUCUCUUGACCUACGUUCUCAAUUUCCAAGGGGCAGGGAUUCAGAGGUUCUUAAUUUAAAAGAUGAAGCCAAUGAUGCUGCUAAAGAGAUCCGUUACACCCACAUUCUCAAUCGGGUGCUUCCUCCAGACAUCCGUAUCCUGGCCUGGGCCCCUGUGGAACCUAAUUUCAGUGCUAGGUUUAGCUGUCUUGAGCGGACAUACCGCUAUUUUUUCCCUCGUGCUGAUUUAGAUAUUAUAACAAUGAAUUUUGCAGCUCAGAAGUAUGUUGGCACCCAUGAUUUCAGGAAUUUGUGUAAAAUGGAUGUCGCCAAUGGAGUGAUUAAUUUUCAAAGGACUAUUCUGUCUGCUCAAGUACAGCUAGUGAGCCAAAGCCUGGGUGAGGAGAGGUGGCAAGAACCUUUCCAGUUAUGUCAAUUUGAAGUGAUUGGCCAGGCAUUCCUUUAUCAUCAAGUCCGUUGUAUGAUGGCUAUCCUCUUUCUGAUUGGCCAAGGAUUGGAGAAGCCAGAGAUUAUUGAUGAACUACUCAACAUAGAGAGAAAUCCCCAGAAACCUCAAUAUAGUAUGGCUGUAGAAUUUCCUCUAGUGUUGUACGACUGUAAGUUUGAAAAUAUUACAUGGAUCUAUGAUCAGGAGGUUCAGGAGUACAAUAUUACUCAUCUACAACAACUAUGGGCUAAUCAUGCUGUCAAAACUCACAUGUUAUAUAGUAUGCUACACGGACUGGACUCUGUUGUGUUACCCUGUGAGACAGGACCAAAGAUGGAUGGAACAAUAGAGUGGAGAGACAUAAAGCCCUCUGUCAUAAAGCAGACCAGUGCCUUUGUAGAAGGAGUGAAAAUGCGCACGUAUAGACCCCUCAUGGAUCGUCCUAAAUGCCAAGGUUUGGAAUCUCGGAUCCAGCAUUUUGUACGCAGAGGACGCAUUGAACACCCACAUUUAUUCCACAAAGAAGAAACAAAGCCAAAAGGGACUGUAAUGACACACUAGAGGAAGAAAAUACUGUUUUGGAGAAACCAACCAAGAGGGUCUGCAUAGAUGCAGAAAUUAAAAGCAUCAUUUAAUCACAGAUAACUUACCAGGAUCUAGGGAGCAACAACCAGCUAGUGGUAGGUAGUAGAAAUGAAAUUUAAAGAAAAAAAAAAAAAUUUCAAGAAGUCUUAGCAAUUUUGAUGAGUAGUUUUUUGGGGGAGGGGGGUGGGAAGAAAGCCAUAUUAAGGAAGUUCUUGAUUAAACAGGAAAAAGUUCAGACAUUGUCAUCCCUGUCCAAAAGGAGUAAGAGAUGAAAGAAGCAAAACUCACUUGUAGCUAGGCAUGGAGGUGCCUACCAGUGACCCCAGCUACUCGGGAGGCUGAGGCUGGCAAGUUUGAGGCCAGCUUUGGCAAUUUAGCAAGAACUUGUAUGAAAAAAUUUUAAAAAGUACAAAGGUGAUGUAGUUUAGUGGUAAAGCAGCCCACAGUUCAAUCCCCAGUACUAGAAGGGGUAGAGGAAGCAAUUGUAAUUUCUGUAUACCUGGAAACCUGUGCCUUGUGUACAAAUUCAUUAAAACCUGAUCCUGCAAGUGUCUAGUUCAUUUUGCUGCUCUUUUUCAAGACAAAUGAGAUUUUUACUACUCAUAUGAAUUAUCAUAAAGAGCUUUAUUUUUUAAGACAAUUAAAAAAUAUUAAAUUUAGUCAGUUAAGGAUUGGAUAACUUGGUUUAGUGCUAGUGAUGUUUUUGGAAAUUCACCUACUUGAAUAAGGUACAAGACCUUUUCUAUGAAGCAUAUAAAUCUAGUGCAGAGGUUGCCAAACUUCUGUGAAGGACAGCAGAGUAAAUACUUUAGGCUCUAUGGGACACAAAUGGUCUGUUGUAUUUUCUUUUUAACAACUCUUUAGAAAUGUAAAAAACACUUGCUCUACUGUAUUAUUUUAAUUAGUGCAUUAUAUAUAUAAAUGGGAUUCACUACGGUAUAUUCUUACAUAGACAAAGAAAAAAAUAUAUUUCAUUCCCCAGUACUUCCCAAAGCCCUCCAGGAGGAGGGAACAGAGAAGGGAAAGGGAAGGUAAUGAGAUUGGUCACAUGUACUAAUAUGGCAUAAUAAAUCUCACUAUUAUGUAUAAAUCUUAUGUACCAAUAAAUUAAAGAGAAGAGACUCAAGACAGAUCUUACAGAACAAGUGGGAGUUGGUUAAAGUUAGGAUAAAGAACCAGAGCUUUGUCUAACUCAGAAGAUGCAAUUUGUAUAAAGAUUAGAGAUUAUAACAUAUAUAAUCAUAAAACUAAAUAUCUCAGUAUGGCAAAAGCAUAGUUUAGAAAGGCAGGCAUGGGUCACAUCUCUACAGCUUUGUAGGCCUUCCUUAAAAAUCUUAGAUUUUAUCUUGAGGGGCCAUUGGAAAAAAAAUUUAAAGCUAGACAGAUCUGUAUAGCAAAAGCACUGCUCUGGGUAUACUGUGAAUUGAAAAAGGGCAAGACAGGAUAGAGAGACCAGUGAGGAUGUUGGAGUAAUCGAAGCAACAGAUGAAAGCUUAGAGUAGAUCUGUAGUUGGGAGUAGUAAGGGAUGUAAAGAAGAUAAAUUUGAGGUUAAAGAAGAAGCAGCAGCAGCAGGACUCGGUGUCUGAGUGAAUGUAAUGUUAAGAGGUAGGAAGUCUUUUAGGAUAAUGUCUAGGUUCAGAUCUGAGCAAAAGAGUAGCUGUUGUUGCUACAGACUGAGAUAGGAAAAUGAAGUGGGGCUUUAUUCUCAAAGCACAGUUGGUAAGUGACCCUUAAAAUAUUAUUUAUAAACAUCAAUAUGUAUUUAAGAGUUCAAAGUUCUUAAGUAAUAUUGUCUUUUAUUAACACAAAAAUGAUCAACAAAACAAAUGAACUCAUACUUCUACUUCAUUAGUUAACUGCCAUUAACUGCAGAGUGUGUUAUCCACAUUAUUAUGAGACUCAAAGUUUCAUUUACCACUCAACAAAUAGUUUCCUCUAUCUGUGUUCAAGACUCCAAGAAUAAAAAUAUGGAUUUUAUUAAACUGCUGGUUAAAAUAUAAGAAACACAUGAGACAAUCAAAAAUAAUACUGAUAUGUACAUAGAAAACUGCAUUAGUGCUACAGAAGCUCAAUAGGGGAUAUAGUACAGAAAUAAGACUGUACUGAAAAGAGUUCUAGGGUUAAGAAAUAAAAUAGCCUAAGGAUAGUGAGGUGAUCCUGUGAUACUAUAAAGUGAGGAGGUACAAUGUGAUAUAGUGUUUUUAAUUCCUAGCAGAGAGGGAACCAGAAAGUAUCUCCAUUUUAAAAAUGGGAAAAUAGUGAUACAGAAUAAAUUUAUUCAAAAUAUCCAACUGUAUGAUCUAUGUCGUCUGGAUUUUGAAUCACUGUUAAUUUUAGGGAUCUGAUAUAACACUUCACAAUGCUCUGAAUGUUCUUAAAUAUUCCUUUGCCCUUUAAUUUUGAUGUAAAGAUCUUGUUUGUAGUGUAAUCAUUGAGCAUAGAAUAGUAGACUAACCUUACUUAAACAUGUAAAAACAAAUCAGUUACUUUUUUCAAUUUCUUACCUUAUUUCAAUGUACCUUGAUUGGAAUUAUUAUUCAGGUUAACAACAACAAAAACCUAGAAAAGGAAAAUAAAGUUUAAGAAAUCAUUCCUCACCUUAAAAUCAACUCUAAAACCAUGAUAAAUAUGACAAAAAGCACUAGCUAAAAGUUAUAUGCUAGGAGAGUCUGGAGAAGCAAACAGAGAAUCAGGGUCAGAUUUUAAGUAAAAUCCUUUUAAGAUUGACCAGUUAUAUUAUCAAAUACAGAAAAGUAAUUAUUUAGUAACCUCAUUUUUGAUAGUUGCCACAGGAAAAAGUUGCAAUAGUCAUACUGGAUGGAGGAAAUGAGUCCCCCAAAAUGUGUAUUUGCAAAAUUACUUGUUACUGGAGGUAGUGUUUGCACAAAAUCCAAAGACUGAUCCAUGGUAGAUACUCACUAAGUGUUAGAAGAAAACAAGUAGGGAUUAGAUUUUAUUUACUGUUUUUAGAAUGGAAAGAAUUAUUCCAAAAGUUGUUAAAUUUAAAUUAGAUAAUACAUAGUGAUUUGUGGGCUUCUGGACUGGGAGGAUUUGAGACUAAAGCCAGGAGAUUUUUUUUAAAAUGGCAUACAUAACUAUACUAUACAUGUUUUCUUUAUUUAAAUUGUUACAUUCAUUUUAUUCCUUGAACAGGUGAAGAUAGAUGUUUGCAAAGAGUAAGAUGCUAACUUUAAUAAGGUCCAUAGGUCACCGAUUUUUUCUAAUAUUAAGACAUGGCAAUCUUUUCUAUUUACUUAGAGGGGAAACUUGCUAGAGCAACUUUUAUUUUGUAGAGUAAUAGGAUAGUUUUGACCAAAAUAUCUAACAAUAUCUUUCUUUCAAAAAUCUCAAGUGACUCACUGUCCUAGUUU